AUGCUUGUUUCAAUUCUUUCCCAAAUAUUGUUUGAAGAAGUAAAGUGUCAAUGGUCAAUGUCUCGUCCACUACUUGGCUUAAUUAUUUUAACAAGAGAGUCUGGCCGUUUUGAUGAAUGUAAAAGAGAAUUUCUUCGUCAACAACCAGAAAAUUAUCAGAUGGAAUUGGAUAAGGCAUUUACUCGCCUUAUGGAUGGAAUAGCUAAAAAUGUGACUUUAAAAAAUAAAGAUAAUUUUACUCAAAAUCUGAGCACAUUUCGUAAAGAGGUUGAUAUAAUCCUUAGAGGUGGAACUGUUGUUUCUUCUUCUACAGAUAUUCCGGUAACUACAAGUAUAGGUUCUGAACAAGAAUAUACGGAUAAUAUGACUGAUUAA